AUGAAUUUGAACACUGCAGAGUUGAUCAAAGCCACUGUCCCAGAAGCGGAAGGGCGGAAUGCGCGCAUCAUCUCACAAAAUGUGUCGGACAACAGAGAUCCUAAUUUCCUGUCCAGUGAUUUCCCGCGGAACCCCCCGAAGUUGUAUAUAACAGCAGAAAGUGACGAGUUUGACGCUGUAACCUUCGCUGAAUGGCAGGCCGAAGGGUUCGACGUCGAAUACCUCCCAAUGGGUAAUGGUGGAGAUGAAUACCUGCAGAAGCUUCGAGGGCUGCGAGGGAAUCAGACUAUUAGCGCGUUUGAAACUUUUGGGAUUAUCGCAUAUGGUGACGCAGCCGCAAUUUGUCUCAAGCAUUACCAUAUCAUGGACAACAACCCGGACUUCAAGCUCAGGCUUCUUGUUGCUUACUAUCCAACCGAAAUUCCAGAUCCAAAGGGCCGGUUCCCGAAUAACAUCACAGCUCUUGUGCAUUUCAUCGCCGGUGAAGAUGUCGGCGUCACGAAACAGACGCAAAUGAUUGGCAUCCAAGGGAAAAAACGCACAAGUCGCAGGACUAUUCAACCCGGCAUCGGUACUGGCGGCCUGCUUCAACUCGCCUAUCCAAGUUAUACUUAUCAAGCACAGGCAGGAUUUGCAGAGCAUGACUUGGAUGAGUAUAACAUGAUUUGCGCGGACUUGGCAUGGAGCCGAAGUCUGGCCACGGCAAGGAGAGCAUUUGCACAGACGGUGGAUUUGGAACAUGUCUGGGAAGAAAAUGUGCAAGGCAAAUUUUUCACACACAGCCUUCAGCCGACGAUGUCUACCUAUACAACGCAUAAGAGCCCGCAUGUUACCUAUAUUCCUACCUUGACCGGGGGGAUUGGUGCUGAGGAACUGCAAGAAUUCUACUCUCAAUAUUUUGGCAAUCCAAAGUCGCUCAAAUUGACUCUGAUAUCUCGCACCAUCGGGGCCGACCGUAUUGUUGACGAGAUUCACGUUCGAUUCAAGCAUACACAAGAGAUGCCUUGGAUUCUCCCCGGAGUGCCAGCCACCCAAAAAAUAGUCCGAAUACUUGUGGUUAGUAUUGUUACUCUCAGAGGGGGUAAAUUAUAUCAUGAACAUGUAUACUGGGACCAAGCUAGCGUUUUGGUUCAGAUUGGGGCUCUAGAUCCCGAUGUGGUACCCGAGACAGCUCGGAAGAUUGGAAUCAAAAAGCUGCCCAUAGUGGGUAGCGCUGCAGCUUCAAGAGUGCUGAAAGGCUGGGAUUCCGAGCAAGAGGGAGAGGCGGACAAUGAAUUAAUACCCGGGUGGCAUGACGACGACGAGGGCGAGAAUGAGGGCGAGAAUGAGGUGGCCAGUAACAAAAUUGUGGGCAAUGGCAACGAUGCAGACAAGAUCGGCGAGCGUCAAUCAGCCGGACAGCCAGGCGAAUAG